AUGGACGACGCUUUUAUUCGAGAAAAUGUUUUGGCAGAGUAUGACGCAUAUUCAGUAACUAUGUGUGCAGCCAUGUGUGGCCCAGAGUGUACGUAUUUUGGCGUCAACUUGCAGGCUAAUAAAUGUCGAGUUUACUCGGGAUGUCAUAUUGGUAACUUAACAGAAGUUCAAGUAGGAUGGAGGUACUUUAGUCAGGAAUCUGAAGGGAGUAAACGUCCACUGAAUUGUAAAACAUUGCUCGCUGAUGGUCAUACUUUGUCCAAUGUUUAUAUUAUUUAUCCCCGUAACAACCAAUGGUCAGUCAAUGUCCAGUGUGAUAUGACCACCAAGGGUGGAGGAUGGACGGUUAUACAGAAACGUGUUGACGGAUUAACCGAUUUCAACAGAACUUGGAAUGAGUACAAGCAGGGAUUUGGUUCAGUUAAUUUAUCUUAUUGGUUGGGAAAUGACAUCAUUCAUCUGUUAACCAAACACAAGCCGUCUCUGUACGUAUCCAUAACUCUGACCAAUGGAAUCACUCUAUACCAACAGUACGAGGAGUUCUCCAUAACCAACGAGACAGACAAUUACAGACUUUACCUGAAUGGACCGAGAACAGGAACACUAGGUGAGAUUUCGGUUUACAUGUAA